AUGCUGGUCGCCGCCCUCCUCAUCCUCCUCUUCUGCUACAGGGGGCGUGCAGGUCUGUGGCCCCAUUUCCUGAAACAGCCGGAGGACCUCGUGGUGGUGCUGGGGGAGGAAGCCUGGCUGCCUUGUGCUCUGGGCUCAUACAGGGGACUUGUUCAGUGGACCAAGGAUGGGCUGGCUCUAGGCGGCGAAAGGGACUUGCCAGGGUGGUCCCGGUACUGGAUAUCAGGGGAUGCAGUAAGCGGCCAGCAUGACCUCCACAUUAGGCCUGUGGAGCUCGAGGAUGAGGCGUUGUAUGAAUGUCAGGCUACACAAGCAGGCCUCCGAUCUCGACCAGCCCAAUUGCACGUGCUGGUGCCCCCAGAAGCCCCCCAGGUGCUGGGUGGACCUUCUGUGUCUCUGGUUGCUGGAGUUCCUUCGAACCUGACCUGCCGGAGCCGUGGGAAAGCCCGCCCUAACCCAGAGCUGCUGUGGCUCCGAGAUGGGGUCCAACUGGAUGGGACUGCCUUCCCCCAGAUCCUGCUGAAGGAAGGGACCACUGGGUCAGUGGAGAGCACAUUAUUCCUGACCCCUUCCAGCCAUGAUGAUGGAGCUACUUUGGUCUGCAGAGCCCGGAGCCAGGCACUUCCCACCGGGAGGGACACGGCUAUCACAUUGACCCUACAGUAUCCCCCAGUGGUGACUCUGUCUGCUGAGCCACAGACUGUUCAGGAGGGAGAAAAAGUCACUUUCCUGUGUCAGGCCACAGCCCAGCCUCCUGUCACUGGCUACAGGUGGGCGAAGGGGGGCUCCCCGGUGUUCGGGGCCCGCGGGCCAAGGUUGGAGAUUGUAGCAGAUGCCUCGUUCCUGACUGAACCCGUGUCCUGCGAGGUCAGCAACGCUGUGGGUAGCGCCAACCGCAGCACCGCGCUGGAUGUGCUGUUUGGGCCGAUUCUGCAGGCAAAGCCAGAGGCCAUAUCGGUGGACAUGGGGGAAGAUGCCUCCUUCAGCUGUGCUUGGCGUGGGAACCCCCUCCCACGAAUAACCUGGACCCGCCGCGGUGGCACACAGGUGCUGAGCUCCAGGCCCACGCUGCGACUUGCAUCAGUGGGGCCUGAGGAUGCAGGCGACUAUGUGUGCAGAGCUGAGCCAGGGCGCUCUGGCCUGGGGGGUGGCGCAGCCGAGGCUCGGCUGACUGUGAACGCUCCCCCAGUAGUAACCGCUCUGCAUUCUGCACCCGCCCUCCUGACUGGCCCUGCCCGUGUCCAGUGCCUGGUGUUUGCCUCCCCUGCUCCAGAAGCAGUGGUCUGGUCUUGGGAUGAGGGCUUCCUGGAGGCAGGGUCCAGAGGCAGGUUCCUGGUGGAGACUUUCCCAGCUCCAGAGGGUCUUGGGGGUCAGGGUCCAGGCCUGAUCUCUGUGCUACACAUUUCGGGGACUCAGGAGUCUGACUUUAGCAGGGGCUUCAACUGCAGUGCCCGGAACCGGCUGGGUGAGGCAGGCACUCGGGUCCACCUAGGCCGUAGAGACUUGCUUCCCACUGUGCGGAUUGUGGCUGGAGUAGCAGCCGCAGCCACGACUCUUCUUAUGAUCAUCACCGGGGUGGCUCUCUGCUGCUGGCGCCACAGCAAGUCCUCUUUCUCCAAGCAAAAGAACAUGGUGCGAAUCCCAGGAAGUAGUGAUGCCUCCAGUUCACGGGGCCCUGGGGAAGAGGAAACAGGCAGCAGUGAGGAUCGGGGUCCCAUUGCGCCCAGUGACCACAGUGACCUGGUUUUGGAUGAGAAAGAGGCUCUGGAGACCAAGGAUCCAACCAAUGGUUACUACAAGGUUCGAGGGGUCAGUGUGAGCCUGAGCCUUGGCGAAGCUCCUGGAGGAGGACUCUUCCUGCCACCCCCAUCUCCCCUUAGACUUCCAGGGACCCCUACUUUCUAUGACUUCAAUCCACACCUGGACAUGGUGCCCCCCUGCAGACUGUAUAGAGCCCGAGCAGGUUAUCUCACUACACCUCAUCCUCGAGCUUUUACCAGCUACAUCAAACCCACAUCCUUUGGACCCCCAGAUUUAACCUCUGGAACUCCCCUCUUCCCAUAUGCUGCCUUCCCCACGCCCACCCACCAGCGACUCCAGACUCAUGUGUGACAACUCUCCAACUGAAGAGUCCUGGGAUCUUCAACUUGCCAUAAUGGAUUGUUCUGGAUUCUGAGGUCCCAGAACGAGUUGACACUCUUACUCCUCCAAAACUGAACAUUGAAUGAGACAGGAGGGAAAGAGCAUUACAAUUUUUAAAAUUUUUUUAGC